AUGGCGCCAAACGGGAGCAGUCGCAAGAGUAAGCACUCGUUCAUUCCGCAACCGCAGGGCACUCUCCAUUCCUACGCAACACCGACUGACAACAUGGAUCUUCCAGCUCCCGCUCCCAGUCGACUUACAAACGGCGACAGCAACGGACGGACGAGUAUAUCACUAGAGAACCUGUUCGACGACGUAAAGGAAGAGCGAAGCCCAAGACUAGAGGAGGAUGCAAAAAGGCGAUUACCCACUGUCAGGAAGCCAGGCAGCUGGGACUCGGAGGGUCCCACCUCUACAAAUGCAUCUACUCGAUCCUCUCCCGCUCCCGGUAGCAUGAACAAAGUCCCCUCCUCCCUUUCCAAAGCCUUCCCCAACAACCGUCCGCUCGCCGACAAGGCCGAUAUACAAAAGUGCACGCACUGCAAGCGCGCCGUGACCAAGCACACCAUGCCCAAGCACGUGGAGAGCUGCCUGAAUAAGAAGCAGGAGAAGCAGCGCAAGAAGAAGGAAGCCAAGGACGCUCGUGACGCCGCCGCUCGUAAGGAGAAGAACGCUGCGAAUGGCGUCGCCGACUCUGAUGAAGAUGCUGAAUCCACUAUAGCAGACGGCUCGAAACCUACGGCGUCGAAGACGGGUCUGGGUGGUGGCGCGAAGAAGCGUAAGGCUGCCGAUCCCGCCGCAGACGACAACACUCCCGAAGCACCUGCGAAGAAGAAGUCGAAGAAGUCUGGUUCUACGAAUGAGACUGGCAAGGCCGGCGCAAGCAAGCCUAAACCCAAAGCUCCAGUCGACGUCGAGAAGCAAUGCGGCGUAGAUCUACCUCAAGGCGGUCAAUGUGCGCGGUCUCUUACGUGCAAAUCCCACAGCAUGGGCGCCAAGCGCUCGGUCCCAGGCCGUAGUGCGCCUUAUGACAAGUUACUAGCGGACUACCAGCGCAAGAACCAGGCGAAGCUGCAGAAAGCGGCGUUUGAUGCCAGUGCGCCGGACCCGGAGGAUGAAGGGUCAGCUGGUGCCGGACCUGUGGAUAGUGACGAAGAGAGGGAUGGGGUGAUGGCGGGCAUUGCGAGGGCAUGGGGUGGAGCGCCGUUGUAUCAGCGACCGAUGGCGCCGUUGAGGGCGCGGUAUCAGCACAAUCGCAUUCGCGGGAUGUUGCAGAGUGCCUUCGCCAAUCGGGGAGCUGGUGGUGGCGGGACUUUUGGCUCAGGAGGCGGUGGUGGAGGCUUCUUCGGUGGCUCAUCGGCCGCUGCUACUACCAACCCCACCGCUGGUCCAUCAUCGUCCUCCGCCGCCCCAGCUUCCGCAACCACCAACACAGGCCCCAGCGUCGACGACAACGGCAUCGUCCAUGCGCGCCGCGGCUCCGUCGUCCCCGGCGCCCGCUCCAUGAUGGCACCAGCUGCUAACCGCAAAGCCAACGUCGCGAACACCAACUCCAACGGAACACCGGCCGCGGUCGGCGCGUAG